UUCAGCCAUGAUACGGCGUGGAAGUAAUGCACGUGCCGUGGCUUGCGUGACGCGCCCGAAAAUGUCACAGCACGCAGCCAAUGACCAGACUGACGGCGCACUUCCCCAACGAACUAUGGAUCGCCAUCUUCUCGCACGUCGAUCGUCUCUCACUGCGGGCCCCGCACCUGGCAUCGCGGCUCUUCCAUGACCUCGUCCACCCGCUCCUGUUCCACACCGUCGACUUCCACCCGUUCCGGGCCUCGACCAAGGGCACGACGAUGGUGUACAACGCGUUCGCCGGCCAGCACGAGGUGGUGAACAACGUGCGGCGCUUCGAGGCGAUGUGCGCGGACCCGGGCGUCGCCCCGCACGUGCGCCGCUGCGCGUUCUCGUCCUUCCAUCGAUCGACGGUCGACCCCGCGCCGGUGCACCGCGCGUUCUUCACGGCCUUCAUGCAGCUCGUGCGCAUCCGCCACCUCGAGCUGUUCCACGUGCGCAUCGACGCGCACGCGCUGCGCGCGCUCGGGGCGUUCGAGCUGCUCGGGAGUGUGCGCGUGACGGGGUGCGAGCUGCGCCUGAGCGAUGGCGAGGCGGAGGGGCUCGCGGGGAGCGUGCGUGUGGAGAGCAUGGCGUGUGCGAUCGGGGGGACGCCGGAGUACGUGCGUGGGGCCGGCGGGCACCGGUGGGUGCAGGUGCUCGACCGGACUAUUCUUGAGGCGCUUGUCAUCCCGUUCUUCGAUCCCACGGUGUUCUUCGAGCAGUGUGUGUCGGAUCCUGUGGCGUGGCUGAUGCCCCGUCUGCACACGCUCCGUGUGUCGCUGCGGUUGGACUGGGGCUUGUUGCACGCGUUUGCCGCCUUCAUCCCGCAUCUGCGCACGCUGGAGCUGCACGAGUGGCCCGCUGCACCGCCGGAGCCUGGAUCAGAGCUGGUACUGCUGAGAGGGAUCGAUUCAUACGAGGGCCCUCACUGCUGUCUGCCGCACUUCCCUGCCACAGCGUCCCCGACAAGGCUCUGCAUCGUGGCCUCUGACUCGGAUGCGGUGCUGCGCAGUCUCCAGGAGACGUCUGCGCAGUUGGUCGGGACGAGGACGUUGCUCCUUUCGGCCCAUAUCAUGCAGCCUGACGUCCUGCAGCAAUGCCUUGUGUUCUUCCCGUCGCUGCUUGAGCUGCAUCUCAAGGUGCACGACAUCUCGUGGCUGGCGAUGAUCCACCCGAUCGUGAACGUGCAUACCUGCGAGACAUUCCUCACGGAACUCGCGCAUCCGCAGUCGGAAUUCUGCCGUCACCGCUCCCUGGAGAAGUUCUGCUUCGUCUGGAACACGGUCGGCCGCUACGCACUGACCUCGGACCGCGACGGCGACGACUCGGAUGCGGACGACGAGGGCGAGGACGACGUGCUGUUCCAUCCGAUCCGCCUCGACAUGGCGCGGGCAUCCAGGGUCGCGUUCGCGGACCGCCUGCCUCGGCUUCGGGCGUUGUGGAUCCGGAACCCCGUGUCCGAUUACCUGUGGACGACGGACUGCGUUGGCGAUCGGUAUCGCGAUGCAGCGCUCCAGGUCAAUGAAACGGCCAAGCCGCUGACUUCGAGCUGGAUGCAGGACAGCGGGCAUCCGUACGCGGAACGGUUUUUACUUGCUUGAUUUGGUUGGUUUUGUAUCAUGAUUCCAAUCGCAAGAUACCGUGAUACCUGGGUAGCCGUCCUGUCCUACGAACACAUUUCAUUAUCCUCUAAAGCUAUGA